AUGGCCGACGAAUUGGCGGAGCGGCUCAAGAGCCACGCACGGUCCUUUGACAGUCUACUGUCCCUUAUUCCUGCGAAACUCUACUACGGAGAGGAUGUCAGCGAUCAAUGGAAAAGAAAAAAGCAGACUCCGGAGCAGAAGCGGGCCGCAAAAAUGGCUAAACUCGACCCGGAUAAUUGGAAAAGCGCAAAGGACAUAGUCGAUGAGAGGGCAGCAGCCGCAGCUAUGAAGCGGAAACGAGACGAUGAAGAGGACGAGUCUGACGAAAACUCAAACUUGGUCGACGGUGGCCAGGUGGAACCGCCAAAGGCUGUUCAAGACGCACAAGCGCCAAAACCGAAAAAACAAAAGACCGAUGGUAAAGAUGUAGAAGGAACCACCAAACCCGAAGGUGUCGACGAGUCACAAGAAGACAAACGACGCAGGAAAGCGGAGGAAAGGGCCGCGAAAAGACAAAGGAAAAGAGAAAAAAAGGACAAGGCCAGGCAGAAGCUGGAACGACAAAAGGCCAAGAAGAAGGAAGCGCAACAACCUCAUGACCCUCAGAAGGAAGCACUCAGGAAAGAAGUGAAGAAGGAACUAAAUCUCCAGAUCCCGGUUGAUCUUCAAGUGAGCACUCAGCGAAAGAGCUCUCCUGAUGCAGAAUCACCAUCCACAGCGUCUUCCGAGGAGGAGCCAGAGGAGGUCUUCUCCCCACAGCAUGAGUCCGGCACGUCUUCAACGUCGUCCAUCCAACCCGCAUCCAUCGACGAGACUGUCAAACAUGUACAUUCGAGUUCCCUACCACCAGCAAGUGCGCAGGCGAUCAACAACCACGACGACGACACAACAACCAAAACACCCCGAGAACGGCUACAAGAAGCACUUUCUCAAUUUCGCGCAGAGCGUAAGGCCGAUGGUGGCGAUGGUCGCCCACCAAAGAACCGACAAGAGCUGUUGGAACAACGACGCCGGAAGGAAGAGGCCAAGAAGGCAGCUAAGAAAGAACAAAAACGUCGAGAAAAGGAGGAAGAAGCUCGCCGUCAAGAUGAGGAGAUUGCCAGGCACUUCUCGCCGGGUGGUUCGGGCUCCCUGCUUGCGUCACCUCGGUCUCCCAUGAUCGGGGACAACGGUGGCUCAUCUCCAAACUCGAAUUCCGCCAACAACUUUACGUUCGGCCGCAUCACUUUCGAGGAUGGCACCCAUUUGGAGCCCUCUUCAACAGCUGUUGUGGAGGAACACAAAAAGAAAGGCGUCCGUGACACUGCCACGGAGCUGAAACUCGCCGAAGCGAAAAAGGCUCGCUUGGCGGGUCUGGAUGAGCAGAAACGACUUGAAAUUGAGCAAAAGGAUAUGUGGUUGAAUGCUAAACGGCGUGCCCACGGCGAACACGUGCGGGACAACACGUCUCUGCUCAAGAAAGCACUCAAAAGGCAACAGGGCCAGAAGAAGAAGAGUGAGAGGGAGUGGAAUGAUCGGUUGGAAGGAGUGAAAAAGGCACAAGACGCGAAGCAGAAGAAGAGGGUCGAGAAUUUGGCCAAGAGGAAGGAUGAAAAGGGUCAGAAGAAAACCAAAGUCAGGAGGCCAGGCUUCGAGGGAAGUUUCAAGGGAAGGACAGGUGGUAAAAGAAAAUCGUGA